AUGGGAACUCUGAAUAAGCACAUCAGCCUGGCGCUCCACACCAUGGGGAUAUAUGCAUUUUUCCUUGUGUUUGGAGUCUAUGGCGAGAAGCUGACAACAACAACAUACAGCGGUCGGAGGUACGAGUCAGUCUUGUUUCCACUAGUUCUCCAAAGCCUCGGAGGCAUCAUCGUGGGGAGGGCGAUGAUGAACUGCAGAAAGACAGAGGAAGUUUCUGGAAAGAAGAUACUGUGGCACUAUGCCUGCCUGGCGUCUUUAAGUCUGGUAUCUGCCCAGCUAGGAUUCAUUUCGCUCAGAUAUCUCAGCUACCCAACGCUGAUAAUCGCAAAGUCCUGCAAGCUUCUCCCCAUUGCUCUGAUGAACUUCCUGAUAUACAGAAGAACUCUAAGCAGCAGGAAAUAUCUCUCUUUGGCUCUGAUAUCUGUCUCAGUCCUCUCGUUCUCGUUUUUUGACAAAAAGGGCUCGUCAGCAUCUGGGUUCAGCAUCAUCGGGAUCCUGGUUCUCAUUACCAGCCUUCUUGCCGACGGAGCCAUCAACUCAUCCCAGGACCACAUAUUCAGGAACUUCAAGGUCUCUUCAUUCCAUAUGAUGUACUACUCCAACCUGUUUAGGUUCUUGAUAUCCUUCACAGCAAUCCUCCUGACAGACAAUCUGAGAUAUUCAAUUGCAUUCAUAAAAUCAACCCCGGAAGUUGCUCCAGAUCUGUUCCUCUACUCCACAUUCAACAUUCUUGGCCAGGUUGUGAUAUAUUCGAUGGUCCAGUCUCACGGUUCCUUGACCCUCACCACAGUCAAUCUUACAAGAAAGAUGUUUUCGAUCCUUCUGUCGCUCGUUGUGUUUGGGCACAAGAUCAAGAAGGUUCAGGCACUCUCGAUACUCGGGGUACUGGGGUCAAUAGCAUUGGAGAUACUUGAGUCCAAAGGACGAAGGGAAACUGAAAGAGAAAAGCAUGUUUAA